AUGGAAUAUCUUGCGAAGUGGGCUGAGGAGCGAGCACUGUCAAACAACUCAGCUUUGAGUACAGCCAAGUUCAUUUAUGAACAAAUUAUUACAAGGUACGACAUCCCAAUCCAAUUGAUGAGUGAUCGUGGUGGGCACUUUGUGAAUCAUGUGGUCAAGCUGCUCACGAUGCAAUUCAAGAUCUUUCAUUCCUUGUCAAGCCCAUACUAUUUGAGGGCCAAUGGGCAGGCAGAGGCGACUAACAAAAUACUAGUAUCGAUGAUCUAUAAGUCCUAUGGAGUUGAACAGGAAGACUGGGAGGAGAAGUUGGUACUAUGGGCAUACAGGAGCACCUAA